AUGGAGCCUAAACAGGUGACAUAUCACCCUCUCAUGUCUGAGUCGCGAGACUCUGAAUCCAUCACAGAGCACGACCAGGAAGACACUUCGCAUGAUGGGUACAUCAUUCCGCGACAUCAACGUUUCCGUGGCUGGGUGCGUCACAUCGCUAAUCCAGUGCUUAUUGCUCUGAUUGCACUAUGUUUAUUAGUGUGCGCACUCAUCGUUGCCGUCUUGACAAAGCUCAAUCCUAGUGACUUACAAUGCACGAAACAACUUUCAUCUUGGUCACCCGCACUCGAUGCGGUCGAGUAUAUCGAGUACGACUUUGAUGGGGCAUUCAAUGCCACCAGUAUCUACCGUGGGCCUCCAACUGAAGAGAGAGAGUCUGCUUGGUUUAAUUUAACGUAUAAGCACGGUGUCGAAAUCCCUCCGGACAAACUUAGUACGCUGAACAAGACUGAGGAGGAUCACCUACAACACGUUCCUUCUGAUGUUGGCCCUGGAUACACUGGGCUGCUGGAAGUAUUCCAUCAACUACAUUGCUUGAAUAUCGUGCGUAUGUACACAUGGUGGCAGGCAGGUAAAUAUGACGAGCCCCCAGAGGGGUUGGUGAGAAAUGAGCUCAAGAACCGUAUCCAUGUCGACCAUUGCAUUGAGUCCCUGCGAGCUACCCUCAUGUGUUCCAGCGAUGUCUCAUUGUUAUACGUGCAGGUGGGAGGGGCAGCCGGCCUGCGGGCAGACUUUGCUUCUCACCAUAAGUGCAGGGAUUUCAGGAAGAUAGAACGGUGGAUAGAUGAGAAUUGGACGGUUGUCUAA